CCUAUGAUGUCAUUUUUCGCUCAUUUGCAUAUGCAGCUGUGAGUCAACUUGUGGGCUUUUUCCAAGCAGACUCAGGCCACAACUUACUCAUCGGACUUGUAAGGCGAUGGUACAGGGUUAGAUCGGUCCCUCGCCUUCCAGAGACUGCAACAUGGAAGUUUUGAAACCUGGCUGCAGGGUGCAGCUGUGGCACCAGGGCCAGUGGCAACCUGCUUCAGUCGACACAGAACAAGAUGACCACGUGACUUACACUACAGAUGCUGGACAGAGUGUGACCUACCCACUGAGUGCCUUAAACCACGACCUUGUGCGACCUAUGCAAGACAACAACAUGGCGGGAAGCGUGGAGGACAUGGCGAACCUGAGUGACCUGAACGAGGGGUCGAUCCUGGAGAACAUCAGACUCAGAUACGUCGGAAACAGGAUAUACACAUACAUAGGACAUAUCCUAUGUGCAGUGAACCCCUACAAACCAAUAGAAGACCUGUACAGUAGAGGAUGCAUCCAAGCCUACAAGAAGAAGCACAUCGGUGACCUCCCUCCUCACAUCUUUGCCAUUGCCAAUGAGUGUUACUAUGCCAUGUGGAAAGCAGGAGGAGAAAACCAGUGCAUUCUCAUCAGUGGUGAGAGUGGAGCAGGGAAGACGGAGAGCACCAAGUUCAUCCUGCAGUUCCUGUCUGAGAUGAGCCAGGUGUCAGUAGGGUCUGGAGAGGGGAGCACAGACACCAGUGUGGAGCAGGCUAUCUUACAGAGCAGUCCUAUCAUGGAGGCAUUUGGCAAUGCCAAGACAGUGUACAAUAACAAUAGCAGCAGAUUCGGCAAGUUCAUUCAGCUGCAGUUCAAUGAGAAGGGCAGCAUUACAGGGGGCAGGAUUCAGGACUACCUGUUGGAGAAGAAUCGAGUGGUUGGUCAGAACCCUGACGAGAGGAAUUAUCACAUUUUCUACAGUCUCAUCGCAGGGUCAACACCAGACAUUAAAGAGGUUCUGUGCUUGACAGAGGCAUCAGAGUUCCACUACCUCAACCAGAGUGGCUGCAUCAAUGACUCAACCAUCAAUGACCAGGAAGACUUCUCCAAAGUUUUGCAUGCGAUGAGAGUGAUGAACUUCAGUGAGAAGGAUAUCCUGGAUGUCUGGUGUCUCCUGGCGUCCAUCUUGCACGUGGGGAACAUCAAGUUUGUCACUACAGCUGGCGCACAGGUUGCUGAUAAGCAAGCCCUCAGCAAUGCUGCCUCCCUCCUGAGAGUUGACAUGUUGGGUUUAGCCGAGGCUCUCACACAGAGGUCAAUAUUCCUUAGAGGGGAGCUUAUCAGUACCCCUCUAGAAGUUAAUGAGGCGGCAGACUCUCGUGAUUCCCUGGCCAUGAACUUGUACAAGGCCUGCUUCAGGUGGAUCAUCACCAAGAUCAACAGCCGUAUCUAUGGCAAUGGGCACUACUCAUCCAUCGGUGUGCUGGACAUCUUUGGCUUUGAAAACUUCCAGACCAACAGGUUUGAACAGUUCAACAUCAACUAUGCCAAUGAGAAGCUGCAGGAGUACUUCAACAAGCACAUCUUCUCCCUGGAACAGCUGGAGUACAACAGAGAGGGCAUCGUGUGGACAGACAUCGACUGGGUGGACAACGGGGAAUGUCUGGACCUGGUUGAGAGGAAACUGGGUAUCCUGGACCUUCUGGAUGAGGAGAGUCGCUUCCCUAAGGGCACAGACAACACCUUUGUGGACAAGUUGCAUGGAGGACACAAGGAAAAUGCAUUCUUCCUGAAGCCCAAGGUGGCCAGCAGAAUGUUUGGCAUCAAGCACUAUGCUGGAGAGGUUUAUUAUGACACCCAGGGAUUCCUGGACAAAAACAGGGACACAUUCAGAGACGACAUUCUGAACAUACUGCAGGAAAGCAGGUCUGACUUUAUCUACGAGCUGUUUGAUACGGAUGCGUACGCGAACAGAACCAGUCUGAAGAGCGGUACGGCGACAAGACAGAGGAAGAAACCAACAGUCAGCUCUCAGUUCAAGGAGUCCCUGCGGAGUCUGAUGACCACACUGAGUGCUGCUAACCCGUUCUUUGUCAGGUGCAUCAAGCCAAACUCUCAAAAGUUACCCGACACGUUUGAUCCCGAGCUGGUUCUGAGUCAACUGCGGUACAGCGGAAUGCUGGAGACGGUCAGGAUUCGCCGCGCGGGAUAUCCCGUCAGGCGCACGUUUGACGACUUCUGCUACAGGUACCGUGUGUUGGUGCGCCUGUCGUCCAGCGAUGAAGACAUAAAGUCUCACUGCAGCGGAGUGUUACAGCUGGUGGACGACACAGGCAAGGAGUGGCAGCUGGGAAAAACUAAGGUGUUCUUGAGAGAGCGGCUGGAGUGUGAGCUAGAGAAGAGAAGAGAGGCGGAGCUGCACCGGGUGGCAACCAUCAUCCAGGCAGGGUUCAAGGGUCACCAGGCCAGGAAACAGUUCCACAGGGCCAAACAGAGCAUUGUUGUCAUCCAGAAGAACUACAAGGCCCAUUUCUGGAGGAAGGCGUUUGUCCAGGUCCGACAGGCGACCGUUACCCUGCAGAAGUUUGAGCGCAGCCGGCGAGCGCGCCACCUGCUGGAGCGGCUGCGGGAGGAGAAACGACAGGAGGAGGAGCGGCAGCACCAGCUGCGAGAGGAGGAGAGGAGGCAGAGAGAGGAGGAGGAGAAGGUUAAAGAAGAAGAAGAACGAAGACUCUUGGAACAGAAGACAAUUGAAGAAAAGGCCAAGUUUGAAGAGAAGAGACAAGAAGAGAAGAGACUAGAAGAGGAGAGAAAGAAACCUUGCAUCUGUCCCAUGUGUGGCUCUAGAAGGGAGAUGGAAAAACAAGAAGAAAUCAGACAACAGGAACAAAAAGUCAAAGAGAAACAGGAGCUCAGGAAACUGGAGUUUGAGGUCCUAGAUGAGCUUGAUAAUUUGAUAGAGGAAUGCAUGAUGCUGGAGUUGGGAAGGUCGGACAUUGAUGACAAUUUGGACGACAAGUUGGAGGAUUGGGCCAAAGCGAAGCAGGAGUUAGCCAUGCUGCGGGCACAGCAGGCGGAGGAGGCACGACUGGCCGAGGAGGCCAAACAACGGGCGCUUGAGGAGGAGAAGAGAUUCGAGGAGUUUGCCAAGAAAAAGGCGAAAGAAGACGCUAAAAGGAUGGAGCAAGAAGCUAUGUCAAGACAAAACAGGCCUACCAGGCUACUCUUACAGUCCAAGGAUACUAAGGAGAGAAGGUUACGAGCAGAGGCUGAGCAGGAGCGCCGGCGGCAGGAGGCUCAGCGGAAGUGGAACCGCACGCUCAGCACCAAGAAGGGCGAGGAGAAGAGGGAAUCAGUCGACUCCAUGCUCAGCGAAUCAGACGGCACACAGGAACGCUCAUCUCUUGACGAGAGUGGAGAUGAGUUGGACAUGGACUUGGACGACGAGUCUCCGUCAUCACCCAAGAGACACAGUCUCCUUCCCGAGGUCACGCCUUACUUCCAUGCCUAUCUCAUGAUGAAAGGUGGCGUGAUGAACACCUGGAAGCGCAGGUGGUGUGUGCUGAAGGAUGACACCCUGAUGUGGUACAGGGGCAAACAGGCAUCUAUAAAGUCGGGCUGGUUGGCAAAGAAAGGCGGCGGCACCGGCACCCUGAGCAGGCGGUCCUGGAAGACGCGCUGGUUUGUUCUGCGGGGGAUGACCCUCUCGUACCACGAGAACGACGAGGAGGGCGCGAAGCAGCUGGGGUCCAUCGACGUGAAGUCCUGUAAGGAGAUACUAGACAAUGGGCUGAAGGAGAACGCCCUGUCUAUUGUGACGGAGGCACGGACGUAUCACCUGGUGGCAGAAACACCUGAAGAGGCCAGCCAAUGGUACAACGUACUGACCAGUGUGUACUCGGCCACUGAUGAAGAACUUAGGGAGAUGCAGGAUGAACAGGCCAACCCUAAGAACGCAGCAGGGACCCUUGAUGUUGCCCUGAUCGACUCUGUCUACGCAUCUGACAACGAGUCGAAGCCGCACCAGUUUGUGAUCAUCACGGCCAACCGCGUGUUCACCUGCUGUAGCGACACCGCGGAGGAGAUGCACCACUGGAUCAGCUGUCUACAGAGGUCAAAGGGCGACGUGCACUCUGGGGGACAGGAUUUCAUCACACGAGGUUGGCUGAGUAAGGAGACUGGCAAGCCCACAGGCACAGUUAACAAGUCCACCACCCUAAAGAAACGAUGGUUUGUCCUGACUGCCCAUUCCCUGGACUACUACAAGAGCUCGGACACCAACAGCCAGAAACUGGGAACCCUCAUCCUGGACAGUCUGUGUCGAGUAGUACAGGCUGAUGCUGAGAUGUACGAACAAACAGGUUACUACAUGUUCACGAUCCACGGUCGUCGUCGCUCCUUCCACCUGUUUACCAAGCUCCACACAGAGGUGCAGCAGUGGGUCCAGUCUCUUCAGGAGGUCAUUGACAGCAAGGUUCCCAUAGUAACGCCUACACAACAGCUCAUCACAGACCUCAGGGAUGCGAGUAUGAACAGUGAGGCCGUGGACCAGAUCUACCAGCGGAACCCCAUCCUCAGGCACACACCCCACCCCCUCAAGACACCCCUCCUCCCUCUGCCAUAUGGAGAUGUCAAUGCCAACCUACAAAAGGAGAAAGGCUACACCAACCUGCAGGAAGAGGCAGUCAAGAUCUUCAACUCCCUUCUUCAGAUUGAGACUGCAGCAGACCAGAUCUCCAUUGUACAGAACAUCUUGGAGACGUGCCACGACCUGAAGUACCUGAAGGACGAGGUGUACUGUCAGCUGAUAAAGCAGACUAUGGGCGUGGCCGACGUGGACUCCAUCGGCAACCUGCGGGUGUGGCAGAUCAUGGCCUGCAUGUGCUGCGCCUUCCAGCCAACCAGGAACGUCAUCAGAUACCUCAAGUUCCACCUCAAAAGAUGUAAGGAGAAGUUCCCCAGCACAGAGAUGGCAAAGUUUGCUGCCUUCUGUGGGGACAGUCUGCGCAGGUGCAAGGGGAGGGAAUACGUGCCGUCACGGGAUGAGGUUAUUGCUAUUCUGGGACGCCGUGACAUGUACACCACUGUCCAUUGCUAUGGGAGCUCUUGUCGUAUAAGUAUCAACUCCUCCACUACAGCGUCUGAGGUUGUGAAGCACCUGAUCCAGGAGAUGAAACUUAAGGUUGUCCAGCGGCUGGUCCGAGGGAUGAACCUGGAGGAGACACACAACACCUUCGCUCUUUUUGAGAGGGGCGCGGGUCAGGACAAGGCCAUUGAUGGAAAGGCCAUAGUGGCUGACAUACUCGCCAAGUUUGAGAAGUUGAAAGAAGAGGAAGAAACAGACUGGAAGUUGUUCUUCAGACUCUUCUGUUUCAUGGACCCCCGUAAUGUGCCCACCAACAGUUUAGAGUAUGACUUCAUGUUCGAGCAGGCCCACGAAGACGUUAUCCACAACAGAUUCCCGAGCUCCGAGGAAACUCUACAAUACCUGGCUGCCUACAGGUUACAGUAUAAGGAAGGAGACUUCAGCAAGAGUGGAUGGAUCAAUGACCUUGGCCAAGUGUACCCCAUGGAGAGGUUACGCAGGCGGGUCAAGUCCACCAAGGAGAACAUUGCACCUGUCAGCGACAAGACAGAGAGACCAACUACAACUAAGAGGAAGUCCAACUUCUUAGAAGGAACCUUAAGAAGAAGUUUUGGCAAAGGAGGCCACAAGAAAGCAAGACAACAAGUGCUGGGUGAGGAUGCCCAGCUGAUCCACCUGCUGAAGGAGGAGGAGUCCAGCACCACCUCAGCUGUCAUUGCCAAGUGGAAGAUGCUGAAGGGUUUAACAAAGGAGGAAGCCCAGCAGAGGUACAUGCGGGCAGUGAUGGACUGGUCUGGCUAUGGCGCUACACUGUUUGAUGUGGAGUGUAUCCCAGGGAAAAUACCCCGAGACGUUCUCUCUGCUUGUAAGGACAGACAGCACCCUGUAGACCUGUGGCUGGCUGUCAGUGUAGAUGAGAUCGCUCUGUACAAGAGAGGAGAGGAGAGACCGCUCGCAUCAUAUGCCUACGAUAGCAUCCUGUCUUUUGGAGCGCCUGUACCCAACACCUACAAGAUCGUGGUGGAAGACAAGGAGCCCAUGAUGUUUGAGACCAGCCAGGUUGUUGAGAUUGCAAAGCUGAUGAAGGCCUACAUCAACUCCCUGGUGAAGAAGCGGUACAGCUGGCGAACCUCCUACCACAGCUACAGGAAGAGUGUGGACAGUGAUGACAUCCUCCUGUCUCCGACAGUCACACAGUCGUAACCCAUCACACAUUACUGUAGACUAUAGGAACAAUAGACUGGUCCAAACUGUCUCCUACAGUCACACAGUCUUAACACUGACCUGGCUGGCAUUACUGUAGACUAAUCCAACCUGUCCAUCAACAAUAGCACUCCUACAGUCACACAGUCUUAACCCUCACCUGGCAAGGAUUGCUGAAGACUAGAAACGACGGACUGAUCCAAACGGUCCAUCAAAAAUAGCACUCCAGUCAGUCAGAGGUCAAAGCCUCCACAAAGUUUGAUUUUCUAUGUUUUUGAGUUGCGUUUAUGUGUCAUGACCGAGUUAGAUAGCUCAUUUAGGAUCAGUCUAUUCAUUACAACUACUAAGACUCAGGCGUCUGUCUGCAGGCUUCUGCUGAUAUUAGCUUUGCUAUAUGCAAGAGCUGGUUGCUAAGGGAAAAGUCUGUUUCUACAUGUAUGGGCUUAACCCUAGUUCUCAUCAAGGUGACAAAGUUUUCAUCCUGUCACUAUGAUGGUACAUGAAAAACAAUGGUCGCAACUUAUCCUUUUGGCUUAUGCAGUCACCUACAAUGUAUUUUGCUUAAUGGAUGAGCUGGUAGCUAGAGUUAAACCAUCUGCUUCACUGUAAACUUGCUGGAAGAGUCAGACCAGUGAUGUCAUCAUGUUUCAAUGACUAUCACACAAAACUGUUGCAUACCUACAUGCCAUAUAUACAAUGAACUUGGAAGUGUUUGAUUUCUGUCUUAUGUAUAAAGAAUGUAGAGCAAAGAGUAUCAUGAACACAACUUGCCGUUGCUUUGAUUAUGUCAAGAUGCCAUGUGAUGUAAAAACGUGUCAUAAUUUUCUGGUAAUGACAUAACAAUGUGUAGUAUGUGUAGGUUAACUCAUUUUAAAGCGUGCUUCGCUUCCUGAUUUUAAGAUUUUGUUUGAUGAUGUUUUUUACUCUGCUGGUCAGAAGAAUUGACCCUUGGGUGUGUGGUACUGGUUGUAAGAAUGUAGAUAGUCAAAGACUGUACAGAACUAGUACUUACAUUGCGAUUUUUUUAUUCUGUUUAUAAAUCAUGCACAUCACGUAGAGUAGCUAUGUUCUAACCAAGCAUCACCAAUAGCAAACAAUUUUACUAAUACAUAGUUCUGUUCUUGUGUCAUUUAACAAUUGCCAAAGGAAAUUCAUGUGACCAUAAUCAUGCAUUGUUAAUGUAGACUAUUCUAUUGACAAUUCUUAAUGAACUGUGUAUACAAUUUUUUAUACUUUGAAAUUUUUGUGUAUCAUAUUUAAUAAUCUUUCUGCUGUCAUGAAAGUUGCUGCAAGACAAAAAUCAAGUUGUGACAUUCCUGGCCAUGUAGUUUGUAGUGCUAAUUAAGUUAUUAAUAGUAAUAAUCAUGUAUAAUUUAUUCAGAAGUAGAUUAGCAAUAUUAUUGUAGUUAGCUUGUGUAGCCAAGCCUUGAACACCAAAAUGUGCCAGUAAAGAGAAUGUUAACUUGUGCUAUAAGAUUCAUCACCAGACUCUAUGUUCUAUUUACAUCAACAUGAAAAAAGAAAAUAGGAAACUUAAAGAUGCCAAGUUUAAGUACUUCUCCAUCAGCCAUUUAGACAAGUGAUACUGACAGUAACUAAUGAAAUAACAGACUUCAGUGGCAAGAAGUGCAACAAUUUGUCAAAUUUGAACUAGCCAUUGAUAUGCUUUCACAAAAGUUGCUGUGUCAUCACGUUAGAUUACUGUGUCUAUAGAUAAUGACAUCAGACUAUGAAGCCUCCUUGUACUAUACUGUAUCUGAUCUGUCACUAAUGUGUGGUAAAACUGAGUCUACUUAAUAUAGAAUGUUUGUUCAGACAUGGUUUGUGUCAAUAAAGUUGGCAUGACUGCAGGAAGAUUACUGAAAA